GAUGAUGGGCGGCAGCGAGUGCAAUCGAAGUAAGCCCCAUUUCGACAUCACGCUGUCCAAGAGAACCAGGAAGCCACUCAAUAAUCAACCCCAACAACCUAAUACCAACGACAAGGAAUCAGAAAACGAGGACCGUAGAAGCUUGAAGCAGCUCAUCAAUGGCGAUGAAGCCAACGGCGGCACGGCUUCGCUGGGCCGGCACUUCUCGGAAGAGGAGCAACAGCUGCAGCUGGUGAAGAAAAAUCAACAGUAUAACAACGACGGGGUAAAGCUCAAAGGAAUGAUGAGUCGGUACGCUAAAGUUUUGAGCCAUUUGAUCAAAGUUAAACGUGGGCCCGGUUUAGGCUCCAAGAAAAAACAUCUCCUCCGGCUAACCAAUAUAGGCUGAGCUACUACUAUUUAGUUGCCCGUCUUUGGAUUCAUUAGGUUUUCAGAUAUCAUGCACGCAUGCAUUAUACAUUCAAAAUAUGUUUGCAUAUGGCAUAACUCAUACGUACGUAGAGUUUAAGAUCUUGAACUUAUGCCUGUGUUUACGUAAUCCUGCUUUUCCGUUACUGGAUUCUGUUGAUAAUAUUGAGUUAAUUAAUCAGAAUGUUCUUUAU